AAGAAGGAACUUAAAAAGUCAACAUACCGGGGAUAUUGCCAAUUGUUUAUCGGAAUAUUUGAUUAUUACUUACACAAGUUAAACACAGUUCUGACUCCAUUUAAUGAAUACAUCUGAAGCCAAACAUCCGUAAUUUGGGAGAUUAUAACAUAAACAAUACAGACUCAGGUUCAGCAUGAAAGAAUAAGCAAUUGUUAGAGGAUGAUGUGAACUUUUGGCUUGAGUAAGGGCGCCCCUUAAACCGUCAUGGAGACGACGACGAGCGCCCUUGAUAUCCCUGUCAACUACAUCCUGGGCCGUUGCACGUUCGCCAAUUGGGAUGAGGAGGACGAGCCGGCAAACACCACGUUGAGCAUCCUUAACGUUUCCUACGUGGUGAAGGAGCGCGUGGGGCCCUGGUGGAAGGGGGCUUGUCUUCGGAGAAUACGUCACAAGCUCGUGCUCCGUGACGUAUGCAUGCACAUGCGUAGUGGACAAAUUAACGCGAUACUCGGCGGCUCCGGCUCGGGCAAGACGUCACUGUUGGACUGUAUUGCCCAGCGGGCGGAAGGGACGAUGUCCGGCAAGGUAUACUACAACAAUUCCGAGUGUACGCCCGACCUCGCCCAGAACUUCAUGAGUUACGUCAUGCAGGCUGACCGGCUGCUGCCAAACCUGACGGUCCGGGAGGCGCUCAGAUACAGCGCCCAGCUCCGCCUGCCCGGAAACGCCUCUAACUUCGACAUCGAGGAGAAGGUGAGUAAGGUGAUCAUUGAGAUGGGUCUGAAGAACGUGGCGGACCAUCGGAUAGGCGGAAGCGUCAUCCGGGGCAUUUCCGGCGGGGAGAAGCGCCGCGUCACCAUCGCCACACAGCUCCUGCAAAAUCCGAAGAUUCUGUUACUGGACGAACCUACGUCCGGUCUGGACUCGUUUACGGCGCGCAGCCUAAUGGCGUCCCUGGCGAACCUUGCGCACCAGGGCGGCAAGAUUGUCCUCCUUACCAUCCACCAGCCUCGCUCUGAGAUCUUCAGAAUGUUUGACCAGGUGUCGUUAUUGUCUCGUGGCCAGCUCGUUUAUUAUGGGGCAGGGGAACGGAUGGUUGACUACUUCAAGGAGCUCGGCUACCCUUGCCCAACUUACACCAACCCCACAGACUUCUAUGUGGACAUGGCAAGUGUCGACCGGCGCGACAACGAACGUAACGAGGAGAGUUCCGGUCGCGUGAAGGAGCUGACGGAUGCGUACGCGGCGUCCAUGGUGCACAAGGACGUGGUAUAUGAGAUAAUUGAGGAUACCAUGAAACCCACCACCGGAAGGCAGCUUUUCGCACAGAAGUUCACGCACUAUAGACCCCAGAAAUCAAGCUUCUUUAGGACGCUCUUUACGUUGCUCGGGCGGAUGACGUUAAACGUGUUCCGUGACCGGGCGAGCUACCUGUCGCGCGUCUUUCUCCUAUCCCUGUUCGUGCCCUUCAUCUGCGUCUUCCUAGGGCGGCUGGGUACCAACCAAACAAGCGUGCAGGACCGAAUCGGUCUCCUGUACCAGAGCUCCCAAGUGCCGACCUUCGUCGCCGCCCUCAACGCCAUCGGCCUCUUCCCCCCGCUGCGAGACCUGUACUACAGGGAGGGCCGGGACGGGCUGUACGGAUGCACCACGUUCUUGCUCGCCUACAUCCUCCAUAUCCUGCCCUUCACCGUCAUCUCCACAGCUAUCUUCUGCUCCGUCGUCUACUGGGUGACGGGUCUGCAGCCCCACACAGACCACUUCCUUCACUACUGUAUCAUCAUCCUGUUUAUGCACCUGUUCGGGGAGAUCAUGAGCGUUCUCCUUAUGGGCGCCUUCAUGAACACCGCCCUCGCCACCAGCAACGCAUCCAUCAUUCUCUCAGCUUCCGGUCUCAUGGCUUCUGGUUUCCUGAGAAACUUGGAGAAGAUGCUGCCGGUGUUCCAGUGGGCGGCCUGGGGUAAUAUUUUCAAGUACGCCGGGGAGAUCCUCGCCGCAAACGAGUUCCACAACCUCAAACUUAACUGCAAGAACAACGGAACGUUCUGUUUCACGAGCGGGGAUGCGUACCUUGCGCUAGUGUACCCGGAGGCUGUGGACAACAUGACGCGCAACUUCUGGGCCGUGACCGGCUUCACCAGUGCCACCUUCAUCUGCGUUAUAGCCGUGUUUAAGAUCCGGGGUAUACCCAAUCUGAGCUGAUGACGUCAUUGAUUAAAGAGCGUGAGGACAAACGUUGUGCAGUGUUCCUCACAUUGGGCUGUCCACGUGGUGACACUGUGAUUGUUUAACCUCGGUUCUAUUCUCAGGUCUAGUCAGUGAAAGAAUGUUUGUACAAUUUAUUUAUGAACAUUGUGUUUAGGGAUACAUCCGGAGCAAUCACCUUUAAGUGGUGUAUAUCAUUACGUCAUUCGUGAACUACACAUCACUGAAGCAAUCAAAAUGUCACAUCGAGGUGGAUAAUUCGUAAGAGUAUGUGUUAUUUUAAAAGGCAGUGUUUGCACCUUGUAACGCAGGUUGUAAACGCCGACAAAACUGUGAUAAUAAUGACGUUGGCAUGGCGGUUUGCGAUGACGUCACUGUGUUUCACAACCACAGAGACUGAUGCGACCUCUACGCUAAGCUACGCCUCGCUUUGGAACGAAUUUUUAUUGUCAACCAAUCGUUUAGUAGAUCUCGUAUUUUUAUUGAUAAUAUGUUAAUGAUGUUGAAACCUGAUGCGAAGUGUUCAUGAUAUACAAUACAUUGUUAUCAGCAUGUGUUUGAAUUUGCACGCAUUUAUUUUAGCAUUUAAUCAAAAACAUUUCUCUUUGAUUGCCAAAGGAAGUACAUGUACGUAAUUUUGUAUUACUGUUUAAGUUGUAAGUUGUGUUGUAAUCUGUUUAUUUUCUUACUCGUCUGAUUUCGCAAAACAUUGGAACAGAUGUGAAAAUUGAAACAAAUUUCCUGUAAGGCGAACUUAUUGUUUAUCUUAUUUAACAGAAGUAGUCAAAGAAUUAGCAGUUGUGCGUGUUUCCAUAUCUUGAAAUCCUUCAUUUGUACUGCCCACUUGCAAAUACAUGUAAUGUUUCUUAAUGUUCAUGUAAUCUAGUCAAGCAUUCCUGUGGGGUUUCCCUGUCUGUUAUUGUAAAGAACGUUUUCUUGUUAUUAUUGUUGAAAUAAUAAUUGAUUGUUGAUAAAAAGAGGAAUAAAUUCAUCAAAAAUA